AUGGCACCGACCCCCUUUACUGCGGCGCUGCUUGCUGCUGCAACGCUGGGCGCAACCGCUCCCCUUUUCCAACCCACCCACUCACCAUGUUCACAAAAGGGCGAGCUACAGCUCCACGGCAACUUCCCACUAGACUGGGACGACCCCCACGGCCAUGAGACAAUAGAGCUAGGUCUUGUGCGCCUCGAAGCCGCCGACAAGGCCAACCGCAUCGGGAACCUCUUCAUAAACCCCGGGGGUCCAGGUGGCCAGGUGUCCGGAGUAGUCGCCACAAUCGUGCAGCAGCCCGGAAUCGUGGACUCCGAGAUACUGAACAGAUUCGACAUCAUCGGUCUGGACCCCCGUGGAGUGGGCCUCAGCACGCCCGUCCAGUGCGACAUCGACGCAUCCAACAAGCGUGUCUCCCGCAUGCCGAAGACCCAGGCGCAGUUUGAUGAGUUGGUCCAGUACAACAAGGCCGUCGGGAAGAGCUGCCGGGAGAAGACCGAACGCCUGAUCGACUUUGUCGACACGAUCAGUGCGGCCAAGGACCACGAAGCUGUGCGGAUAGCCAUGGGCGGCGAGAAGGCCAACUUCCUCGGCCUGUCGUACGGCAGUCAGCUCUUCAGCCAGUAUGCCGAGUUAUACCCUGAUAGCUUCCGGGCUAUGCUGUUGGACGGCAUGGUGCAGCACUCUCAAGACGAGGCAUCCAAUGCACUGAUCGAAUCAACCAUAUACGAGGCAACGCUGAAGCAGUUCUUCGCUUGGAGCAAUUCAAGUGCCGACUCGCCCGUGCAAGGGCAAGCUCUUGAUCUGGAAGCGGUAUUCAAGAGCGUCCUGGCCCAGGCAGACGAAGCGCCCAUCCCAGCACCAGGAUGCGACGACGUCCAAUGCCGGUCGGACGUCACGGCAGAAGAGAUUCUCUUCACCCUUCAAGGAACGCUCACCAUGACUUCCGGCUGGCCGGGCGUUCUCGAAGCCCUGCUGGAGGCGCAGGGCGGAAACGCGACGUUCAUCUCCCAGGCGCAGCCGCUCAUAGUGGGCGACGCGUACACGGACUCGCUGCUCUUUGGCGGCCGCGCAAUACCGUGUCAGGAUUUCUCGCACGCCGCCACGACGCUGGCCGAGGUCGUGGCGAAGCAGACGCAGGGCACGGCUUUCACGCCCCUGACCCGCGGCGCGUCGCAGACCUACGGCAUCCAGACGUCGUGCAUCGGGUGGCCGGCGCCGGUGAACAACCCCGUGAAGAAGAACACAUAUACCGGCGAGACGCCCAUCCUGAUGGUCAACGCGGUCUACGACCCCGAGACGAGCUGA